AUGAUCGAUCACAAUUUCUUGUAUCAUGUUGUAUAUGUUCUAAAGCUUAAAUUAGUACAAGUGUACCUUUUGAAAUUCACACCCCAGAAAGAGGGACAUCUUCGGCUGUCAUAUGUUCAAAAAUCAUACCAAAUAGAACAUCUAAACGCAAAACCUAGAACUUCAAUGCCACUCCAUGUCGAUCAUUACGUUGAUACUGGCAAUGAAUUAUAUACGAACAGAACUAUAAAACAGUUAAAUGACAUGCCUAUUAUCAACGCCCUUUAUUCAAAAAUAAUAAUAGAAACGUAUGAAGGAAUGGACACUUUCGGAAAUUCUCAUGUUAGCAACAUAAAGACAUGUCGGCUUAACAUGAACAGUUCACAUAUUGAACCGGAUGAAUCAAAUGACUAG